UCUAAGUAGUACGUGAUUUUUCUUAAGUUUUAAAAUAUGCGGUCAAAUAUUAUGCACUUAUGUGUAAUGCAAAGACAGUGGUGUCGCAAACAAUCACCGCUUAACCCAAGUACCUGCGCAAACCUAAUUGUUAUCAUUGUUAUUUAAAGUUUGAACCUUGUUUCAACAAUUUGAACUUUAAUGUGGCCCACCUAAGGCUUAGUUUCGAAUGAACGGAUUAAUUGAGAAUAUUUUUGAGUUAUUUUGUUUUAUUGUUUACGUACUUACCGCAUUUAAAGGGCUGAGUAAACUUAAAGAGGGAUGCGGAAUAAUCGGUAAUUGAAGCAAACUUACUACAGUUAAGUGGUUAUAACCGUGGCUUUACAUCGAAUGUUCUGGGUUCGAUAAUAGUUAACAAAAAAUGAAUUUAUUCGACUUUGACUUUCAAUUUAAGUAUUUAUAAAUCAUUGACUUAACUUUUUAUUGAAAAUUAAUUAGUCUGAAAACAAUUUUUGAGCCAUGAUGAUAUACAGGUAUGAAUUGUACUUACAUUAUAAUUAUAUGUCUAAAAUUAAUCAAUGAAAACACUUUCACCCAUCAUCACAUCUAUGACGAUGUUUAUUAUAACAAUGCUGAGCAAACAUUCCGAGCACGCAGCAAUAUAAUACCACACCACCAUCACCUGUCAUACGAGAUAAACGAUUACAACAUUCUAAUCGAUUAAAUUUACACCUUAACAUCGAUAACAAUACAUCAGCGUCGAUAUCAAACGCAGCUUCAUCACUCAUGCAAAAAUCUUUUCAGCGAGCUUUGCCAAGUUCAAGCGCAACGGGCCUGCGCCCGCGCACCGAUACGCCAGUAUACGACGCACGCGCAACCCGCAAACACGCACCCAUCGAACGAUACAAUCGGUGUUACAUCGAUACUCAUAAUCGAUAAAGUGUCAAACACUAUUUUUAUGUGUGAAUAUUGCAUCGAUAUUGACUGCAGACGAGUACUCGGAAUUUUUAUCGAUAUUUUUUUGUUUUUUGUGUGAGUGGAAAGUGUUGAGUGAAAAUUUUUGUUGAUGUGUGUUAAGAAGCAGACGUCAUUAAGAUUGACAGAUACAUCACAAACGCUUGACCUCUUAAGAAGAACAAAAUUACAAAGGUGCGCGAUGUCGCCGAGACGGUGGUAGAGGUCCGGAGGGCGGCCGGAUGCGGCCCGCGCGCGCCCGUCCGCCCGCCGCCUCCGUCACUUAGCGCCGCACGCGCUCCCGCCGCGCUGCGACUAUGCGCAUGGCAAGCGCCCUGGCCACUCUGCUCGCGGUGCUGUGUGGUGCAGUGGCGGACGCGGGCGACGUGAUAGCCAACGUGAGCCGCGUGCGCCGCGCGCCCCAACCUCACUACUCGCACCGCGUGUUGACGGACGAGGAGCUGGACAUGACCGCGGCGUGGAAGCGCUCCCACUGGCGCGACAUGCAGUCCAUACUGCGGCGCGAGGGCAACCAGAAGGAGGGCGUGCAGUGCUGCCCGUCCGUGCUGGAGAUGGUCACCAAGAAGGGCGGGCGCACGCCCACCGGGCUGUACGUGGAGCUGUACGAGGACGGCGAGAACCAGCAGCGCCUGUUCGAGGUGUCGUGCGCGCCCAACGUGGUGGACAAGCCGUGCCGCUUCGUGGACGCGCGCCUCUACAACGAGUCGCGCUGCAUCCAGAAGUACUCGUACUCGUACGCCCUCGUGCGCUACCUGCACUCCGCCGCCACGGAGACGCCGCAGCCGCGGACCGAGGGACACUUCUCCGUGCCCGGCUCCGGCGGCUGGUCCAUGGACUAUGUGAGAGUGCGCGCCGGUUGUGAGUGCCAAAUAAAACCCAAAACAAAUAAACCCGCCCGCAGAAGACACAAGCAGAGAAAGAGAAAUAGGAGGGUAGUGGAAAACGACGAGACCUGAUUUCGGGCUCAGUGCUAGUGAAAUCGUGACUUUGAACAAAUUUGGGAUCGUCCCAUAGUAUUACGUUUACAAGGAUACCUUUUCUGUUGUUUUCUGGUCGGCCGGGAGCCGCGCGCCGCCGGGGGCUGUCCUCGCCCGUCUCGAGCGCGCGCUUGUUGCUGCUGCCGCUGGUCGAUGUAUCAAUGUAUUUAUUUUAUUUUUUCGUCUAUAUUACGCUUCUUGUUGUAGUCCGUUAGUUAGUCUCGAUCUUAUGAAAUUAAAGUGCCUUUUUGUGCCUUAGAUUUAAAUAGUUCACUAUAUUCUGGGAAUUGUUGAAAUUUUGAAUUCCAAUGCGUUAUCUGUAUAUGCUAUAAGAAUUAAAAGCAAAUAUCACACGAGUAAUAACAUAAACAUCUCUAUCAUUUGAUUCAUGAUUGUAAGAAUCUUUCACCGAUUGAAACAAACAGAAAAACCCCUUUUUGUCCUAAAA